AUGAAGAUUGCAGUUCCAUCACUCCUUGUCGCCGCCGGCGUCGCCCAGGCUAGCGUUCAGGGAUUCGAUAUCUCCAAUUAUCAGGGCAAUGUCAAUUUUGCUGGUGCGUACGCGUCGGGGGCCCGUUUUGUCAUGAUCAAGGCCACUGAGGGCACUACGUAUAUCGACACCGGCUUCUCGAGCCAUUACAGUGGCGCUACUUCUGCAGGACUCAUUCGAGGUGGCUACCACUUUGCCCAUCCUGACUCCAGUUCAGGCGCAGCCCAGGCCGAAUUUUUCCUGGCACAUGGUGGAGGUUGGUCCAACGAUGGUAUCACCUUGCCGGGAAUGCUGGACAUUGAGUACAAUCCCUCCGGGGCGACUUGCUACGGCCUGAGCGCAUCCGCCAUGGUUGCUUGGGUGAAAGACUUUGGCGAGACCUAUAAGAGCAAGACGGGUCGAUACCCCAUGAUUUACACCACAGCCGAUUGGUGGAAUACCUGUACUGGGGGUAGUACUGCCUUUAGCCAGGACUAUCCACUCGUGCUGGCUCGCUACUCAAGCUCUGUGGGUACGGUUCCUGGUGGCUGGCCUUACCAGAGCUUCUGGCAAAACUCGGACUCUUACAGCUACGGCGGUGACUCGGACAUCUGGAAUGGAAGUGAAGACAACCUGAAGGCCUUCGCUAAGGGUUAG